UCUAUAAAUUUAGUCAAUUUGUUGUAACUUAAAUGAAAAACAAAUUUAAGAAAUCUAGAUGUUUGGUUUAACAAUUUUCAGGUUUUCUUUGGCUGACGUUGCUUUAGGGUUUUUAUUAACACAUUUUGUCCCUAUGUGUGUGUAUGACAAAUUUGUAAUUAUGUAUGUACAUAGGGACUGUUUAUAUUCAGGUCGAGUAUGUUUUAUUUAAACUGUCAAGUUGUCGUUUAAGCGUUUUCUAAACUUUUGUUUUUCCUUUCUUUCCCAUAUUUGUAAAAUUAAAACAGUCGGAUAAGAGGGCCUAUUAGGGGAGCCUUGUUGAUGUCCUUAUCUAGCCGGCCUCGAAAUAGGAUAAUUGGCCUGGGGCGGUCGGCAUCCCGAAUUUUCCGGUUUAUGGACGAACCCGGACAAACCGAUGCUGAAUGGUGGUGGAGGGGGGGGGGGAAACUGGGCGAAGCCGGCUACUCCGCGGUCUACAAGAGGAAAUUGUUUGACUUAAGAGUCCAAACUUUCCUGAAAUCAAAUUUAAUACGGUACAAAUUUACCGUGCCGUAAACUUGGUAUCAUCAAGAUUUACAAACAAGGAAAAACUUCCGUCAUCGUUGAUUGGGCUUACUCAACGCUAGAGACGCGUUUACUAUAAUUUCUUUUAUCUACAAGUCAUUACAAAUAAAAUAUCCGAUGACAUGAUUUCACUCAGUUACAAACUGCUUUUUCUCUAUUUUCCUAAGCCGACCCAGUUCCCGUUCAACUCCGGUCCGUGGUGACAUCACUUCGUAUCAGCACGGAUCAUAAAUAUCUAGCCGAUUGUAUGCUCCCGAUAUGACAAGAAGUAUGACGAAAAAAAAUCAGUAGUGAUCAACAGGGGAUUUACAAAUAUCCGAUACCCUGUGUACCAAGAGGAGAAAAAACGCAAAAAAAAAGAUGAGCGCUUAAAAAAAAGAAAAAGAAAUAUUUGCCAUAAUUAAACAGAAAGUUGUUUGCUAAUGCAGAUAAAAUAGAACCGGUACGAAGAUGGACUUUUAUCGUCUUGGAUGGUGGUGGAGUCGCAUCUUUUAAGGAAAUAAGUCUAAUUUAGAAAAAAAACGAUAUACUCAAUUAAUAUAGUUGUAUAUCCACUAAAUUAUAGUGAUUCAAUCAAUCGUUUGAAUCGACUGUUUAUUGAUUCAUUCUUUCAUUCUAUCAGGCAGUCGUUCAAUGAGUCCGUUAUACAUUUAAUUUUUCAAUAAUUUGUUAUUUAUUUCAAUGGAAUCGGUAGUUCGUUCACUAAGGAUCGUUCAAUGACCUCUGAGCCGGUGAGUCAAUUAAGUAAUCGAUGAUUGAGUGAGUCGUUCAACGCGUUCAAUUAGUUCAACAAAUCGUUCAAUGAAUCGGUAAAUCUAAUUGGGCAGGCAUCGAGUCGGCCAUUAUGCAGAUCGUUCGCUCAAUUAGUGAGCCGUUCAAUGAUUCGGUUGUUCUGUUAGGCAGACGUUCAGUGAGUCAGCAGCUUUUGUGUUAAUCGUUCGUUCUUUGAGUGAGUCAUUGAUUGAAUGGUUCGAUGAUUCGUUCUUUAGUACAAUGAAUCGUUUGGUGAUUAAUGAGUCUGUCGGCGUUCAUUAAGUGAGUCGUCCAAUGACCGGUUAUUUCGUUCCUUGAGUCGGACUGAUAUUGUAUAGGUUGUUCGCUCAUUGAGUGAAUCGCUCAAUGAGCCGGUAAGGCUGUCGUUCAAUGAGUCGGUCAGCAUGUCAAGCAGACGUUCAAUGAGUUGGUAAGUCUAUCAGUCAUUCACUUAAUGAGUCGGUCAGUAUGUCAAGUAGACGUUCAGUGAGUCGGUCAGAAUGUCAAGCAGACUUUGAAUGAGUUGCUCAGGCUUUCAAACAUUCAUUCAAUGAGUCGAUCAAUAUGUCAAACAGAGGUUCAACCAGCCGAUCAGCCAUGAGUUGGUCAGCAGGUCAAGCAGGAGUUUAAUGAGUUGCUCAGUCUUUCAAACAUUAGUUCAAUGGGUCGAUCAAUUUGUGAAACAGAGGUUCAAUGAGUCGGUCAGUCUAUCAAACAUUCGUUCAAUGAGUCGAUCAAUAUGUCAAACAGGGGUUCAAUGAGUCGGUCAGUCUAUCAAACAUUAGUUCAAUGGGUCGAUCAAUUUGUGAAACAGAGGUUCAAUGAGUCGGUCAGUCUAUCAAACAUUCGUUCAAUGAGUCGAUCAAUAUGUCAAACAGGGGUUCAAUGAGUCGGUCAGUCUAUCAAACAUUCGUUCAAUGAGUUGGUCAGCAUGUCAAAUAGACGUUCAUUGAGUCAGCCGGCCAUUUGUGUAAGGUCGCUCGCUCUUCGAGUGAGUCUUUCAAUAAGUCGGUCAUUGAUUGUUGGAUGAUUAAUUCUUUCGUUCAAUGAAUAGGUCGGUAAAUCAAUGAGUCCGUUGUCGCUCAUUGAUUAGUUGUUGAAUAAAUUAGUCUACGAAACAUUCGUUCAAUGAGUCGGCCAAUAUGUCAAGAAGGGUUCAAUGAGUUGCUCAGUUAUCAAACAUUCAUUCAAUGAGUCGGUCAGUAUGUCAUGCAGACGUUCAAUGAGUCGGUCAGGUAUUGUAUUGGUCGUUCAGUGAAUCGGUCUGUCAAUCAGUCAGUCAUUCUACGAUCGUUCUUCGAUAUUCUUUCUUCCCUCCAAUCUGUUUCAGUAUUGGUGUCGAUUAAUUAAUCGACCUUGCGUUAAUUUGGUGCAACGUUAAGUCGGUGAAUAGUUCAUUGAGUUUUUCACAUAGUAUAUCGAUAUUUCAGUCAGUCAAUCAAUCAUUGAGUCGUUUGUUCGGUUAAAAAAAGUUUUAUAUUCGUCGAGGGAUUAGAAUCCGGAUUGAGGGCAGUAAUAACUAAUUAAAAAAAAAAAAAAAAUACAAAAAUAUUUACUCAAUUAUUGUAUACUUUGCGUUAUCUGGUUUUGAUCUGGUUAGUUGGAGGGGGGGGGGUCUCGCGUAAGAGGGCAAAUAAAAACAGUCGCAACGACUGUCGCACGAGGAAAUCUGCCGGGGCUUCUUCGUCGUCGGCGUGAUGGGUGGACCAGGCAAUUUGCCGGACCCGUUCUAGCCGGCGAAAUCGGGUUUCCCGACAAGGCGGGGGUGGGAGUCGCGAGUGGGGGAGGAACGGACAAGACCCCAGGCAAAGAAGGAAGCACUCCAGAAAGCCGAGUAACACCGGAUGAAAAGCAACAGACGAGAGAAAAAACGGCAACAUCCGACUAGAAUAAGAAAACAGAAAUGGAUCUGCGGAAUCAAUGUAAGGAAGAAGGUGGCUGGUUCGGCGUGUUCGAUUACGGGGUCUUGGCGGUCGUCCUCAUCGUCUCGAGCCUGAUCGGCAUCAUCUUCUCCAGGAGAAGCAGGGGGACCCAGGAGACAUCCGAGGACUUCUUCGUCGGUGGGUCACUCGGUACCGUGCCCACGGCACUCUCCCUCGGGGCCGGGUUCAUCACGGCGAUCGAGCUUCUCGGGAACCCGGCCGAGGUGUACAGCCACGGGACACAGUUCUGGAUGAUAUGCCUGUCAUUCCUGCUCGUCGUACCCGUCACGUCCUAUCUCUUCCUACCCGUCUUCAUGAAGCUCCGUCUCACAUCCUCCUACGAGUAUCUCGAGCUGAGGUUCAACAGGACGACUAGGGUCUUCGCCGCUGUGAUGUACAUAGCACAAACGGUGUUUUACACUUCCGUAGCCGUGUACGCGCCGGCUCUUGCGCUCAGCAACGUGACCGGGCUGAACACAUACGUCGCCGUCACUGUUGUCUACGUCGUCUGCGUCUUCUACGCAUCACAGGGAGGCAUGAAGGCAGUCAUAAUGACGGACACGUUCCAAAGUGCCGUCCUGCUCUUGUCGAUCGCCGCGGUCCUCUUCACCGGACUCGCCCUCACCCCGGGCGGGGUACAACGCGUCUACGAGUCCAACCUCUCGAGCGGACGGUUCGAGUUCUUUAUAAUGAACUCGAGCCUGGUGAUCAGGCACAGCUUCUGGUCAGUAGUCGUCGGCGGGACGUUCUACUGGGCGACUAUGUUCUGUUCGAACCAGGCGACUAUUCAGAAGUACCUUUCGGUCGAUUCAAUACGAAGUGCCAGGAUGGCCCUUUGGGCGAGCUCUUUCGGCCUCGUCUUGGUUUUCACAGUCAACUUCUGCACCGGGCUCAUUCUCUACGACUAUUACAAAGGAUGCGAUCCGUUCUUGAACAAGGAGAUAAGCGAUAUGGACGAACUUUUGCCUUAUUACGUUAUCAAUGCGCUUGGGAAUUUGACUGGGGUUCCGGGCCUCUUCGUCUCCGGGAUAUUCGCCGCUUCUCUCGGGACGGUGGCGUCUUCGGUGAACUCUCUGUCCGCGGUGACACUGAAGGACCUGGUCUCGGGUCCGUGCGGUUUCGCCUUGCCGGCGGAGAGAGGCCGCUCCCUUUCCAAGUGGAUCUCCCUGUUCUACGGGUUGGCCAGCUUCUGCUUGGUUUUCGUCGUCGAACGGCUCGGCGGCGUUCUGCAGCUUGCGCUCAGCUUCAACGGGCUCACCGGCGGCGUGACGCUCGGCCUCUUUUCCCUCGGCGUCCUCUUCCCCUGGGCCGAGUCGAAGGGGGCCCUGGCGGGAGGGCUCUCCGGCCUCUUGCUCGUCGGUUGGAUCGGCCUCGGGGCGCAGGCGACGAUGGCCACUACCGGCUGGGAGCCGGGAGACGCCAAACCCGUCUCAGUACUCGGGUGCCUCUGCAACCGGACCCUGUCCGACGAAGUGCACGCCGAGCCUUCUCUGUGGGUGUACAAAAUCAGCUAUCUCUGGUAUUCCGCGAUCGGCUGCUUGUGCACGUUUCUGGUCGGGGCGGCCGUGAGCCUGGCAGCGGGGCCUGAGAGGCCGUACAGGCUCAACCACGACCUCCUUGCGCCGCCUGUCAAACACCUGAUGUUCGCCCUCCCGCCCGGUCUCCAGUCCCGGCUUUGGGUCGUCCAGGAAGUCAAAGAUCAGGAUGUCAAAGAGGUCAAAAGCCCGCCGGCGAACGAGAGCAAAGUAGAGGAGAAAGUUUAGGUUUUCCCCCAUUCAAAGGUGAUGGUUUUCGAUAAAUGGGAGUGUGGCAGGAGGAGGACAUUUUACUCAUAGAAGGAUCUAGGCCAGGAUUUACUUAAAAAUCUUCAGGAGGAUGGAGAAAAAUGCGAGAUGGAUUUCAUCAAAAGAGAAAAGAGGUUUCUUGGCUGGAUAAGGUCAUAAGUCAAUUAGAGGCAAAUUUUCUUGAAGGGUGGAAAGGCUUUGUCCUGGGGAAUAAGAACGAAGACGGAUCAAUCCGGAAAUGGUGAUAAUGGUAAAAAUGAACUCGUUAUUUAAAUGUAGAAAGCCAGAGAAGGUGAUCCAGAUGGGAGAACAUGCGGACCAAGAGCGACUGUGAUACAUUUUUUUAUUAUUUAAACAAAUUUGUUUGUAUUGCCUAUAUAUACAUUUCCCCCUCUAGUUUAUUUUAUAUCAACCCUUAUUAGGUAUAAGAUUAAAAUUUGUAUUUUUUAACUUUUAACAAAU